AUGGCCGACGUCCCCAGCGUGACGCGCGGAUGGGGAAGGUACCCCGCGGCGAGCGUCAUCAGUUCGUACCACCACCAUUCCAGACAGACGCCGAGACAGCUGGGCAGCGCGAGGCGGACCAGGGGGCCCCAUGACAUCCCCGGGCCCGCUGCGGAAGAAGAGCAGGAAGGGGAGGGAGGGAGAGUGCUGUAG